UGUUAUUAUUAUUAUUAUAGGUUUGAGAUGAACAGAAUUCGAAUACAUGUCCUGCCCUCAAGUCGUAACCGGGUGACCCAGACCUGUCGACCUCAGGAGCCCCAGUCUUGCUCCUUUACUCUGCGACCAUGUUCUCAGCCCCGUCUGGAAGGCCUAGAGUUCUGCAUUAAACACAUUCUGGAGGACAAGAAUGCCCCCUACAAGCAGUGUAGCUACGUUUCUGUCAAGAAUGGCAAGCGCUGCCCCAAUGCUGCUCCUAAAGCAGAGAGAAAAGAUGGAGUGACUUUCUGUGCAGAACAUGCUCGCAAGAACGCCAUGGCUUUGCAAGCUCAGAUGAGAAAGGCUUCUUCUGGUCCAUCCCCAGAGGCUUUGUUAUCACAGCUAAGCUGUCACCACCGUGCAGAGACUCAUAACCUAGAUGGAGGACGCUCUGAAACCAGCCGCAUUCUAGAUGAAGAAAGUCUAAGUGAAGAGGAACAGGGACCCCUGGUCCUGGACCAGACCUGGAGAGGAGAUCCUGACAGCGAGGCUGACAGCGUUGAUAGUGACCAUGAAGAUCCACUGAAACAUGCAGGAGUUUACACAGCAGAGGAAGUGGCGUUGAUUACUCGAGAAAAGCUCAUUAGACUCCAGUCUCUUUACAUUGACCAGUUCAAACGCCUUCAGCACCUGCUCAAGGAGAAAAAACGCAGAUACCUUCAUAAUCGUAAAAUGGAGCACGAGACUUUAGGAAGCAGUCUGUUGACAGGGCUCGAAGGUCUUUCCAUGAAGGAGAGGGAGAACCUGAAGAAGCUCAAAGCUCUGCGUCGAUAUCGUCGCCGGUAUGGUGUAGAAGCCCUUCUGCAUCGCCAGCUCAGGGAGAGAAGGCAGGCUGUGACAGAAGGAGCCCCUCAGCUUCACUCAAGAACAGUGAAUGAAAACUGCAUCGCUUUUGUGGAGGACACCAGAUGUACCAAUCCCUGCCUGCCAAUGGCUCGACACUGUGUCUCACGUAUCCUUGAACAUUGUUUAACUUGAGGUUUUGUUUCAUUUACGUUGAUCCGUUUUCAAAUUUGU